AUGCAACCUCCCGGCGGAGCGCCCCCGCACCGGCCCCGGAGCAAGCGCCGCUCACGGCAUUCCGGAGCCGGGCCCGACCCACGCCUCCGCUUCCUACCUCGGGCCGCGAGUUGCCACAGCCCCAUCACCCUGUGCCGGUCCCCAACACUUCGGGACUCAGCCCGGCACCCCACGGGGCCGCACUCGCGCACCCCCACACCGUCUUCCUGCGCCGUCUUCCUCCCUGCGCCGUCUUCCUCCCGCUGCCUCGGUGCCUGUUGCCCCGGCCCGGCCAGGUGGGACCCGAGACCCUCAGGGGGCAGGACAGGGACCCCCAGCACACACGGUGGGGGGCUCAGCUGCCGCAUGCCCAUGGGUGUCUCAUGGGAAGGAGAAGCCGAGGGCAGCCCUGACCGCAGGCUCUCCGGAGCAGGCAGCGGGCCAGCCGGCUCUGGCACCCGGCCCGGAAGUCUGCCCUGCCCCUUCACUGUGACUCUGCAAAACAGUGGGGCGGAGGCCGUGACGAUGACGAUGGCCGGGCAAGGAGGAAGUAGAGGGGUACGGCUGGGCUCUGCACUGCUCGGGGCAGAGCGGAGGGCUCGGCUGAGCACGAAAGAGGACGGCCGAGGCCAGCCGGCCGCCACAGCCAUGGCAGAGGCCGAAGACAGGAGCAUCCAUACCCAGCACAUCUCGGCCGUGCACAACGUGCCCAUGCGGGUCCUCAUCCGGCCCAUCCCGGCAGAGCUGGAGCCGGGAAAGGUGCAGAGCCUGAUGGAGACCCUGCAGGAGGAUCCCGAGCGGGUUCCCCCCAUCGACGUGCUCUGGAUCAAAGGCAGUGAGGGCGGCGAUUAUUUCUACUCCUUCGGGGGCUGCCACCGCUAUGCUGCCCACCAGGCACUCUGCCGGGAGACCAUCCCCGCCAAGAUCAUCCCCUCCACCCUCAGCGACCUCCGUACCUACCUCGGCUCCUCCACGCCUCACCUGCGCUAGCCCAGCACCCCCAGGAUGCCCAGCAGCCCCUUCUAUCCCUGUUGGUUCCAACCCGUGAACCCUUGAUGAGGACGUGGCCGGCGUCCCCAGCCCUGGGGUGUCGCCAUGGUCCCUCCAGCCGGGAGGGGUCAGGGUCCCCAGACUUGGAAGGUCCCCGGGGUCCCGGCAGCCGGGAUGGGUCGGGCUCUCACCGGUACCGGCAGGCGCCCGGCAGCGCCGGCAGGUGGCGCUGUUGUGCCGCGCUGCGCCGCCUGGAGCGACCGCGCGGACGGGGACGGGACGGGACGAACCGGGCCGGGAUGAACAGGUUGGGGUGGGAUGAACGGGAGCACGGCACAAUCGGGAAUAGCUGAACCGUGAUGGAACAGGCUAAACCGGGGCACGGCUCAACCGGGAAUAGCUGAACCGGGAUGGAAUGGGCUUAACCGGGGCAUGGCUCAAGCGGGAAUGGCGGAACCGGAGCACACUGGAACUGGGACAAGUCACAGCUCAUUCGGGGCGCAGCUGAACCGGGAAGGGGUACAGGCGAACUGGGACAUAACAGAAUUAGGGCACGGGGAAGAGACACAGCCGACCUGGUGUGGCCAGUUCCCCCCCUCCCUCACCGACUCUGGGCUCACCAGUGUCCCAGUCUCCGUGGGGGGCAUCUCCAAAAUCCUGUGGUGGGGACAGCCGCUGCUGCACCUGGAAUAAAGAUGAUCAAAAUCUCUGCA